AUGGCACCGAAGUAUACCAUGUCCGACUCCGAGGAGGAGGUGGACGUCGCGCCCACAGCUCCCUCUGACCAGGCUCUUGAGAAGGGUCUUCGUGAUGGUGUUGCCGCAGUUUACAAGGCUGGCAACAUGGAGGAGUUGACCGUGAAGCGCGUGCGCCUUGCAGUUGAGAAGCAGCUAGGGCUUACAGAGGGAUACUUCAAAUCUACGGAUGACUGGAAAGCGCGGAGCGAAGAAAUUAUUCGGGAUGAAGUGGAAACACAAGACAACGCCGCGAAUAAUCCCGAAUCGCAACCUGCGGAAGCAUCACCAUCUCCUUCUCCAAAGCCCAAAAAGACCUCCCUUCCCAAACGGGCAAAGGCCGAGAGUGCGCCUAAGCCCAGGAAGCGACAAAAGACGAAGACACCGGAGUCAGACGAGGAAGACGAGCAAGACGAUGCAUCUGUCGCAUCUGACGAAAAUGAAGAGGUCAAGCGCAAGAAACGAACCAACGCACCAGCUAAGAAGAAAGCGGCACCAAAGCCCAAGAAGGUCGUGUCUGACGUCUCCGAUAUGUCUGAGAACGAAUCUGAUCCUGCCAAGCCGCCUCCAGCUGCGAAAGAUGAUUCUGAAAGCGAGAUGUCGGUGGUUCUUGACGAAGAGCCCCAACCCAAGCCCGCGCGCAAACGGAAGAGUGCAGAUGGAGCUGCCACUAAAGCGAAGAAAGCACCAAAAGCGCCCAAAGCAAAAGACGCGGACCUUGACCCAGACCAGGCCGAAAUCAAACGGCUACAGGGAUGGCUGAUCAAGUGCGGUAUCCGCAAAUUAUGGGCAAAAGAGCUGGCUCCGUAUGAUACCCCGAAGGCGAAGAUCAAGCAUCUUAGGGGGAUGCUGGACGAUGCCGGGAUGAAGGGCCGGCCAUCUCAGGAAAAAGCCAACCAGAUCCGUGAAGAGCGGGAAUUGAAAGCGGAUUUGGAGCAGAUCCAACAGGAUGCGAAACAAUGGGGUGCGAAGAGCGACGAGGAGGAAGGAGAUGGCGAUGCGAAGCCCCGACGCAGGCUCGCUCGAGGACGGCAGGCGCUUGCGUUCUUGGAGAGCGAUGGCGAGGAGACCGAUUGA